CAUCCAUCUCUUCGACUUCCUACAAAUAUUUAUUAUACCCUUUCCUUUCCAUUUGAUCAAAUCAGUAUGCCAUAUGAUCCAACCUCUCAGUCAAACCUCAAUGAGAUCAAGACGAAUCAUAUUCAUCUCGACCUAACAGUUGACUUCAAUACCAAGGUCUUAUCUGGAAAUGCAGAGUUAGACAUCGAGGCUAUAGCGGAUCAAGUCUCGUACAUUGUACUUGAUACCAGUCAUAUUGACAUCCGUUCUGUUUCUACGGCCGAAAAGAUGCUUAAUUUCGAGUUGGGUAGUAGGAAUGAAAAAUAUGGCUCGGCAUUGAUAAUUAAUCUGGGCAAGGCUCUUGAAAAAGGAAACAAGACCAAAGUCAUUAUUGAAUACGCAACUACUCAGUAUUGCAGUGCUUGUCAAUGGCUGGAGCCCAGCCAAACAGUAGGCAAGAAGUAUCCAUACCUCUUUACACAAUGUCAAGCUAUCCAUGCACGGUCAUUGUUGCCUUGCCAGGACAGCCCUUCUAUCAAACUCACCUAUAGCGCCAAUAUCACUACUCCACUGCGUGCGGUCAUGUCUGCAGUCCUCAUAGGGGAAGAGAAGUGUCAUCAAAGUGAGUCAUCCACUAUAGCCGCAGCAAUUACUACAUACAAGUUUGAGCAAAAGCAACGGAUCCCAUCGUAUUUGAUAGCACUUGCUGUCGGAAACCUGGAAGGCCGAGAAAUUGGGCCCCGUUCGAUGGUCUGGACAGAACCCGAGGUGUUGGAAGCAGCAGCCUGGGAGUUUAUAGACACAGAGGAAUUUAUUCGAACAGGUGAGACUCUAUUGACGCCUUAUAGCUGGGGUCGUUAUGACUUGCUUGUGCUGCCAGCCUCGUUUCCUUAUGGUGGAAUGGAGAAUCCUUGCUUGACUUUUGUGACGCCCUCGCUUUUGGCUGGUGAUCGCUCCUUAGUGGAUGUGGUAGCUCAUGAAAUUGCACAUAGCUGGACGGGAAACCUGGUCACAACCGAAAACUGGGAGCAUUUUUGGCUGAAUGAAGGAUUCACAGUUUUUGUAGAGCGCAAAAUCAUUGGACGCAUGAAGGGCAAAGAGCAUAGCGAAUUUAGUGCUAUCCUAGGGCAUAAAGCACUUCAAGAAAGUGUAGAGCUCUACGGCUCCAGUCAUCCUUUUACAGCUUUAUGUCCUUGUUUGCGUGGAGAGGAUCCGGACGACGCCUUUUCACGCGUCCCAUAUGAGAAAGGAUUCAAUUUGCUCUAUUACUUGGAGAAGCAUUUAGGCGGACCAGAAGUUUUUGAGCCGUAUCUUCGGGCACAUGUUCGACAGUUUGCAGGCCAAUCAAUCAAUACAAACGACUGGAAGGCUUUUCUUUAUUCUUUUAUGGAGGGAAACUUUGGUCAAGAGAAGGUUGAUCUUUUGAACAAGGUCAACUGGGAUGCCUGGCUUUCCGGCACUGGCAUGCCUCCAGAUGAUAAUAUGUUCGAUGAUACGCUCGCAAGAGCUUGCACUAGCCUAUCUAAAAAGUGGGACGAGUCACGUCAUGUUGCUCAGCCUGUUACAGCUGAAAAAACAGGGUUUUCCCCAGUCGACAUUAAAACCUUUUCAUCCACACAAACUGUUGUGUUUCUGGAGAAGGUUGGUGAACUAGAACCUCUUUCCCACGAGCAUUUGGAUUUGAUGGAUCGAUUGUAUCAAUUGACUUUGGUCAAGAAUUCGGAGAUUCGAUUGCGCUGGCAUCUACUUUGUCUCAAAGCAAAUUACAAAAAAAUCUAUCCUGAGGUCGUUCAAUUUGCAUCAACCAUGGGUCGUAUGAAAUUUGCAAGGCCAUUGCUUCGCUCUUUGCAUAGGGCCAAGGACGGCGCAGAACUUGCACGAGAGACGUUCCUCAAACAUAAAUCAUUCUACCAUCCUAUUGCUGCGACAAUGAUUGCUAAGGAUCUUGGGCUUACAAAAUAAAAGCCAUCACAUGGCACUAGUAAAUAGAAAGAAAUAAUAAAGUGCUUCGGGUUGGA